AUGCGAUUCGUAACAUUCCUUUUAGGCGCUGCAGCCCUCCUCACGUCCGUGGCGGGACAGACUUCCACCUUGUGCAAUCCUCUCAACGCCACUUGUCCCAAUGACCCUGCUUUUGGCAUGAACCAUACCUUUUACUUUAAUACCUCCUCGACUGUCACUACCUCCUUCAACAUCACCGCAGGAACGCUCAACUAUACAUCAGAUGGCGCAGAAUUUACUGUGGCAAAGCGGUUGGAUUCGCCCACAAUCCAAUCCAAAUUCAAUAUUAUGUUUGGGAGUGUGUCGGUAGUUAUGAAAGCGGCCACUGGUACGGGAAUAGUAUCGUCAAUUGUGUUGGAAUCCGAUGAUCUGGACGAAAUUGAUUGGGAAUUCAUGGGCGGCAAUUCGACUCACGCAGAAACCAACUACUUCGGUAAAGGUAACACGACUUCUUAUGAUAGAGCUAUCUACUACCCUGUAUCUUCAGACGUCCGCGCAAACUUUCACAACUAUACCGUGGACUGGACAGCCGACAAGCUGGAUUGGCUCAUCGACUCUACCGUGGUCAGAACUCUCCACUACGCAGAUGCAAACCAGGGAAGAACUUACCCGCAGACACCCAUGACAGUCCGUCUCGGGAUUUGGGCAGGAGGGGAUUCUUCUCUCAACAAAUACACAAUUGAGUGGGCAGGAGGCGAGACGGACUACUCCAAGGGACCAUAUAACAUGUAUGUGCAGUCUGCGGAAAUCAAAGACUACUCAAGUGGAUCGGCAUACGAAUGGACAGAUAAUACCGGAAGCUGGCAAAGCAUCAAGAGCCUCCCUGGAAAUUCAACAGCAAUGAACGCAAUACUCAAAGCCCAGACCCCCACACUUUCGACCGCCCAAAAAUUUCAAGCUCUCCCCCAAGCAACCAAACUCGCCAUCUAUGGCGGUAGCGGCGCAGCAGGCGCUUUGCUCAUCGCAGCCCUUGUCUUCUACUAUAUCCGCCAACGACGAGCCGGUGCGCUCGAGCGCGAAACUUAUAACGCUAAAAUUGAGAAAGAGCGCGAGGAGGCAUAUAUGGAUCAGAUGGAGCUGAAGGAGAAGGGCUAUGGAGGUUGGAAUAAUGCGGACGUUGCGCAUCAGGGCGAGGAUGCGUUGGGCGGUUGGGGAACAACGCAUGGGAAUAACUCCCCAACCGUCCCUUCCACGCCCAAAUUUCCGAAUGUUUCGUCGAACGAAAUUAAUCCAGCGUCGAGGAAUUAUGGGGAUUCUCAAAAUGUUCCACAAAGUCCGGGCUUCCAUUUGCCGAGUGCUUAUAAUUCUGGUGGAUAUCAGAGGUUUGGAUGA